GUCGUUUAUGCAUCUAUUCAAAUAGUUUCCCUUCAAAAAGGCCUCUAAACUACAGUUUCUUCCUUCGAAUCUCUGCAUUCAGUGUAUGUUAUGCUUUUGCAACAAGGGAAAUAAAGAGGGACAGACCAAGUCCCUUUGCCUCCCAAUAUAGUGCAGAAAAAAAUCUGCCUUCAUAAAUACAACACGGGUGCUGACUGGCUGGUGCCUGCUUACCCUAAUGAGCUUAAACUCUUAUUUGUAGUGGACAUCUGUCAAGACAGAAGUGUGGCACGCAAGUCCUCUUAAUCCAUUAGCUCUAAAUCCAGCAGAGCUUUCACACUCCUUCUUUUGAAUUGAAGAAGAAAACCUGAGUGGGAACAUAAAAUGAGGCAGUGCACGACUCAAGAGAAGAUCCUGGGCAGUGAGCACGUGGGAUUUUGAGGCAAACAGCAAUGAAAACCAACAACAAAACUGGAAUUGUGAUGGAAAAGCUGUGAGAAAAAUGCCAGUCUGCAGUUCAGGAUGAAACAGUGAGUUUGAGUUUUUGUUGUAUUUUUCCUAUUUCAUUUGGAUUUUUAAUCAAAGAUAAAGCCAAAGACAGAGAAAGGAUGGGCUGCACACCCUCUCACAGUGAGAUUGCGAAUACAAUUGCAAGAAGUGGUCUUAAGGCUUUCAAUAAACCCAAAAAUGUUUUGCGUAUUGAUCCGGGAGAUAAAGGAAUCCCACUGCUUGUUAAAGGUUCAUCUUGCUACAAUAUUGAUGAAUUCCACCAGUAUGGGAUCCAGGGGAAAGAAUACCUGAGAGAAAAGGAGGAUGAACUGUCAGAGCAGGACAACAAAGAUGAUUUGCAGUUAUCUUCCAAGGCUCAUUCAGAUCCCCAGGUUUCCAGGGAAGACAAGGAAAUUGAGAGGACAGCCACAGAUGCUGAAGUUGUUAUGUCCAAACUGAUUGAGUCUCAAAAAAGUAUCACUGAGGCCAUACAGAUCAGAAAGCAAAGCUCCUGUGAAUCAGAAGCAUCACCUUUCAUUUGGGAUGACAAGAAUGAAAGCAAUGCAAAGCAAAUCCCCAAGAAAGGAAAGAAGCAAAAAAAUCACAAGCUGGCAAAACAAGGUCGAUCUAGCAAAAGUAAAGAAAAGCCCAUUUCAUCGCCAUGCGAGACAGAGAAAAAAGUAGAUUUCCCAGAACUGCUUGUUAAGGCUCAUCAGAGUGCAUACGCCUACCUAAAUCCCAACCUCUCGAAAUAUGAAACUAUACUUCAUAUGGCCAACCAGGCUACCCAAACUCAACUCUUCCUACAGCAGAUGGUAAGCUUUCUCGUGCUUCGCUUUGACGAAAUCAACCUGCUCUUAGAAGAAAUUGCCAGUGAUGGGGAAAGUCUCCUCAAAGACAUAGGUGGGAAUCUGGCAUGGCCAGCAGAAAAAGGUGAUUUGAAGGAGCACCCUGAUCUUCUGCAACAACUACUGCAGUACACGGUCAAUAAAAUGCAGUUAGUGAGUGGGACACUGGCCUCUCUCACGUCUGACGCCCUGCAGGAAACAUGCAGCUACCUGCAGUCUGCUGCAAGCAACCUGGAAGGAAAACUGAAAGCAAAGCAAAGCUUUGAUGAGCGCCUGCUGCGGAUGGUGAGGCUGCUUGAAGCCUCAGCAGUGAGAUCCUGUCAGACCCAGGGUGAUGACAGGACUCUCUGCUCUGAGGACAGUGGCAUUUGCGUGGACAACGAAUCCCUCAAAGACUUCAGUGCUCUCAGCCAGCAUGGAGGACAAGCAAGCUGUGAUUCCUAUGCACAUGGACAUCCAUCCCAAAAGCAUGCCAGAACAGUGCGUGAUGGGACAAUGUCACCAGGCACAGCUGCAUCCCAUGACUGUGCACUUGAAAGGCAUUUUAAAGAUAUAUUUUAUUCAACUGUGCAGAGUAAAGAAGCAACUUCUUGUCAGGGUGGAGUACCAGAAGGCAUUUCUACCAUGCCCCAAUAUGCAAACUUGAGAAAAAGCUAUUCCUAUAACUCCUUCCAGUCUGACUCUACUCAGGAAGAUGAACAUUUCAAAAUCUGUGAAUCAACAGAUUUUCCUUAUGAUGAUGAUGAUGAUGAUGAUGAUGAGGGAAGCACCCUCGGUGAGGAAGAUGACAACACAAGUUUAUCGGAUAUGGGGAAGGAUGCCCUGCCGAGGAGGCCCCUGUCUUCACCUGCGGUCACUGAUAACACGCAAAGGCAGUCCAUCAAGAGGACAGAGAAUGCAGAGAGAGAGGAAAUUAUUCUGAAGAUGAAAUAUGCCAUCAGUGAAAAAAUCAAGUUUGUUCCAGCUAAAUCCAGACAUAAAGAAUGGAUAGAGGAUGAGAGUGGAAGAGCAGUUUUAACAACAAGGCCCAGUACAGCAAUGGGCAGACAGAAAACCUUCAGGAAACAACGACGGUCCAGGUCAGAGGAGUCCCUUAGAAGCCAGGCAGAGGACCCGACCCUCCUAGAGCUGCAGAGAACUCAGAAAGAGCUCAGCAAAAGGCUUGAAAUGUUUUAUGAGAAGAAGGAUACAGAUAGUAACCCAGAGCCUUGGAAAUCAAGAGCAGCACCCUAUUUACAGGAUGAACAAGUUACAGCCAGGUCCUCUAGCAAACUGAAGGCGUGUCUCUCAAAAAAUUUCAGCAUCCUGCCUAACCAGGAUAAAGUCCCUUUGUUCAUGGUUGAUCAAAAUCCUGCCAAUCAGCUGGAUGAAAAAAGAGGCAGGAAGCCAUUAAGAGCUACUGUGCCCAUGCAGGAGACACCAGGAGACAAAGAAAAGGAGCUUCCUGGAACACAAACGCUCAGUGGCAGCAGCUGUGCCCCCCGACAGUCUGUCAAAAAGCUUAUUGAAACAUUCAGUCCUACUGAUGAUCUUGUAAAAGCUGCACCUUUAAGAUCUUUAGGACCAAUAAAGUGCAUCAGAAAAUUUGGACUUCCAGUUAUUCCACCCACCAUUCCUUUUCAGAGAGGCCUGGCACCUUUAAAUCCUAAGCAUCGUAUUUCACCAGUAGAAGACACGGACCCUUCAGACACCAAUGGAGUUUCUUCUGGCUUUCCAAAUGCCUUUCCUCCUGCACUAGCUGCAGAAUUAAGCAAGAAGGACACAAAGGAAGAGGCUGACGAAGACCUUGAGAACCUGCCACCACCACCACCUGAAAUGUUAAUGGACACAUAUUUCGAUUUGUCUGAGCCUGAAGAAACUGCAAGAAUAGAAGGAAACUCUUCAGAAGAUGCCAAAAAGCCUGCCAAAACAGAAUUUCAUGCUGCUAAGAGAGCACAAGUUUCCCCAAAAAUGAAAGCCUCCAUCCAGUCCAUUGACUUAUUGCCAAGUAAAAACAUCAGUGGCCCCAGUGCAAUCACUAAUAAAGGUCUAAGGAAUACAGGAGCAGGGGACGAGAAACUGCAGAGAUACUCUCUGGAGCUGAAUCCUACCAAUGUGCACAUACCUAGCCAGGAGGAGAUACUGGAAACCCAGAGAAAAGAGGCUGCGGAUUUGUACAAGCAAACCCAUAAAAUCAUUCCUCUUCAAAAUCCCAGUGGGGUUUCAAAACCACACAGCAACAGCUCAGAGAGCAAAGAGCCCAGUUCACCUGCGACUUUGGUGCAGUACCAGAAGCAAGGUUCUCCCGAUUUGCUCAGGAGAAACGAAAAAGGCUCAGCAUUUGCCAGGAGGGUCUCCCCAACGAGAACUCCUCCUCCCCCUUCUCCACCAACGGAGAAACGGCUUUUUAGCCCCCCAACACACCACAGACGCUCUCUGCAGGCUUGUAGCAACCCGCAACCAAGCUCACCCAACACGCAAAGGAAACCCAGUCCCCCUGCAAGCCCCAGGGUGCCCAGCCCACCCUCACAGAAGAAGCUGCCUUCUCCACCACCCCAGCGAAAACCGCUCAGCCCUCCCACAGGACACAAGCAAAGCUCGCCAACACCGUACCGGAUGCUGGGCUCCCCAGCCUACCGCCGAGAUGCAAGUCCCCCACCGUUCUCCACCGCUCCUUCCCCACCAGUCUCCCCAUCCCGCUCCUACAAGGGGCCAAGACCUGGGCUGGAUGCUGGAGAUGAGCACCAGCUCUCCUCCUCCAAGAGAGGCAGCAAUGUUCAUUCGAUAUUUUGCCCAGCCACCUCUUCCUUAUUUGAAGCCAGACCUCCACAGGAACCCACCAAACCCUCUGUGGAAGCAACCAGCCAGCCUGAAGCUUCACCGCUUUCCCAAAAGACCAGCCUGCUUUUCCGGCAGCCUGGAGACCGGACCAGAAAGCUAUCCCUGAGUGCUGCCAAUCCUCAGCCGUUUGUGAGGAGAAGUUUCUCUGACCGCCGACCAGGGGUCCUGUUUCGUCUUCCAGCUGCCGUGACAUCUGGCAGUGAACCCGCGCUUAACCAUGCAAGCUUGGAGGAGAGCCCUAGAAAAGCAGGCGACUCUUGGAACAGCCCUGGCGUCCCCGAAAUCAAAGAGUCCAACAGAUCCGCGUCCCACCCCGAGCUCUACAUCGUGGGCCAGGGGCUGCAGAGGGACUGACAGCAGAAGCACCUGCAAAGAAUCAAGGCCAGAGGCCCCAGGGGGCCUUAACCAAACCUCCAAAGCCUGGCUACGUUGUUUUUUUAGGAAACAAUAUGACGACAUCACAUUGAAAAACCCAGACUGGUCCCAACAAUCUAGUGAAAUAUCAGUAGAGGGGUAGCCAGCUGCUUCUCCUUUGGAUUGCAUUUCGUGGUGCAACUCAAAGAUUUACACUGAGCAAAAGAAAUACUUCACAGUUGGUCAAGUCUGAAGCAAAUGGAUUUGAUAAAGACAGGACCCAUAGACAAGUCCUUUGUUUCACUGUUUGGCUAAAGGAGUUCAAAAACUUUCAGAAAUUGUCAAUAUUUGACAUUUUAUUUAUUCAGGAGGCAUCAAAGUUUCAGUUAUGUAAAAAGUGGCUGUUGUGACAUUUCCAGGGGGGAGGUAAAAUCCUGAACCAAUUGAUUUUGUUGCAAAAACAUCAAUGGCUUCAGCAAAGCCACAUCUUUACACUGGGUAUUUAUCAGCAUGCAGAAAGAGAAUAAGGUCAAUACAAGUUAAAACAAAAUAACCUCUUUUAAAGGAGUAAAAUUAGGGACCUUAUUCCCUCAAAAAGGCUUUGAUCUUCUAAAUCACCCUUGAUCAUCAUAUAAUCUCAUCAGCCCUAGUUUCCAGGGUACAAGGCUUAAUCCUGAUUAGAGUAGUUUUGUAAUAGCCCAAUCAAACAACAUUAUGAAUCCUGAGGCACCUGAGGACAUGUAUUUUUUCUUUUUUUUUAAGAGAAGAGAAUGCUAGCAUAGAGAAUCCUGCUCUCCCUGAAACAGGUUUAUAUUCUUUCCGAUUUAUGCCGUUUGAGGGGAUUUAUUGUCACUUCAGUGAAGAGUCUAGACAGAUGUUUGUUAAUAAAAACACAAGUUCUUUACAGUUGAUUAAUCCCAGGCUUUUACAGUGGAACACAGUUUCAGAAUUUACUGGAUCUUGCUCACCUCAUUUAUCAUCACAAUUAAGAUGCAAAUUUGAAUUAAUGUAAUUUUAAUUGUUUUAAUUUGAUGUGUUUUUAUAUGCAACUUCAGUACAGAAUGAGAUCCAGAAAAAAAAAAUAAGCCGUUCGUGGUCCUAUUUUGAUAGGAAUAGUUUAAAUUUUUCUUAUGGUUUUCAUGAUAGUGGCAUCUGGGCACUCCGCCUUCACACAGGAUUUUUAACCUUUCCUGCCACCUUCAUGGUGGGAAAACUGAGACUCGUAUUGUGCUGUACAAGGGACCCCUUUGGAUACUGAACUCCUGAGGUUUUAGUCUGGUGCCUUAGUCACAAUCCUUCUUCAAUUGUUUCAGUGCCAUCUUCUGACACAGACACAAAGAAACUUAAUUGUCAUAUUUAAGGUAAGGUAUAGAACAGAAAGAAGCAACUCCCGGUGAACAGAUGCUUUGGAUUGUCAGGACUUUGUGAGCUUGAGGUGGCAAGGCAGCCUUACCCACAGUGUACAGCCAGGAGAUGCCAACAGAUCCACCUUGCAGUCACACAGGCAGAUGCACCGUCCCCUGUUGAACUGGGAAAUCACUGCGGGUACCGCAAAGAUCAACAGCAGGGCAAACUGCAGGCUGGCCUUCCCCCUCUUCAGAAGUGUAGCUCUCUCCCAGAUACACAGAGAUACAAAUACAUUUGCAUGCACUUUGAGUGUGUCUGUUCUGCUGGCAGGAACCACCCAGAAUAGACCCAAACCAGGAACAUGACAGCAGAAAGCCAGCGCUUUGCAUGCCUAAAUGUAGCUCUGAAGAUGAAAAUGUGACAGAGUGGGCGGACAACUUCUGCUCAGCUGCUACAAUCAUUUUAUCUCUUUAUAGUUUCAUGCUGAAAUGUCCCAGCACCCACGAUGGGUGAUGAGAGAAAGUAUUCAUUUAUAUACCCCAAGCACCAAAAUCUGUGGUACAAGAGCUACAGCAGCACAUGGAGCAACACUUCAAUUCAGCAAUCAGGCUGGAAACCUCCUCUCACAUGUGCCAGCUAGACAUGGAGUCAGCCAAAGCAUCUUCCCCCAAGACCCAGGCUCCCCUGAAAACCUGGCACACGAGCUCUCAUCCUACCGCAGCAUCUCUCCCAGCUUUGACUAAGCCCGUGGUCGUCAGGAGGCUCAUUGCAAACACAACCCCACCUGAACGCUGCAGCUGCUGAAGGGUUCGGAUGCUGCUCUAAGGACGCUGCAGAAAACGGAGCAUUAUAUUCAAGAAACAGAGCUUCUCCAGGAGUGAUCUACAAGUUAUAAUAUGAAUUUAUGACUACAUACAGGUAACAGAUUCUCUUCAGUACAGUUAAUGUACAGGACUAUUGCAAAUAAAGUGUUUACCUUCAAUUUGUAUCGCAAGCAUGAGAUUAAGAGUAACUAUAGUAUGCAGGAAAUGAUAGUUUGGGUGGCCACUUUAAAAAAAAAUGUUUAUACAGUUUUUUUGGACAAUACUUUCAUUUUUCAUUAAUGCAAUUUUUCUGGAAUACAAUUGUUUUAUAAGACCAUACUCAAAUUUAAGAUAUAUUUUUUACUGAUGUAAAUAAAUCAAAGUUUUUAUAUGCAAGGUAUGAAUUGAGCUCUCUUACAUUCUGUAUGCAAACGGCGUAAAUCUAACCCCAAUGUUAUACUACUGAUUUCUUCCUUAGUGCACUAACUAGUGCCCUGUGCUAUAAAAAGUCUAUUUGCUUCCUCCUCA